AUGAGACGAAGACGCGAAACUCACCAAGAUGAAGACACCAAACAAACACUCCAAACUCCAAAUUUCCCCAAAUCAGUUUCAGAUAAACAAAUCUUCAUUUUUUGCUUAGCAUUCCGAAUGCUGAAUUCACUUUUAGUGCAGAGUUACUUCAAUCCCGAUGAACACUGGCAAGGUCCCGAAGUUGCACAUCGUAUCGCAUUCGGGUACGGUCACCUAACAUGGGAAUGGAAGCAGGGUAUCCGAAGCUACUUCCAUCCAUUGAUCUUUCUUCCUCUUUACAAAAUUCUCGGAUUAUUGCAUCUGGAUUCCCCUUGGUUUAUGAUGAGAGCUCCAAGGUUAUUACAAUCAGUGUUUUCUGCAGUUGGUGAUUUGUACUUGUACAAACACUCUGCAAUUCUCUUUGGUUAUUCCGUUGCAAAAUGGGCACUUUUUUCCCAGUUGUCGAAUUGGUUUAUGUUUUAUUGCUUUUCUCGUACAUUAUCUAAUAGCUUGGAGACUGUUCUUACACUGGUGUCUUUAUACUUUUGGCCUUGUAUGAGAAUUUCGGGCAAAAGUUCAUAUGUUUCUAGGAAGUGGGGUUUAGUCCUGGCAGCAUUAGCUUGCGCUAUUCGCCCAACAAGUGCAGUCACAUGGAUAUAUGUUGGUGUCGUUGAGCUUUUUAACGCACGUGACAAAUUGAAGUUUGUUUUUUUGGAGGUGGCUCCUAUUGGGACCUUGGUACUUGGGCUUACCUGCUUAUUAGAUCGUUUUAUGUAUGGAACAUGGGUUCUAGUACCACUGAAUUUUCUAAAAUUCAAUUUUCUUUCCUCGGGCGGAGACUAUUAUGGAACUCACCAGUGGCACUGGUACUUCACUCAGGGAUUUACAGUCAUGAUCUUCUCUCAUAUACCAUUUUGUAUAGCCGGUAUCAUUUAUUCCAAACAGUGGAAGUUUACUGGCCUCCUUGCUUGGGUGUUGAGUUUCUACAGUAUCUUAGGUCACAAGGAAUUCAGGUUUGUCUUGCCAGUUCUUCCCAUAGCUCUGAUGUUCUCUGGUUAUUCUUUGGCUAUGAUAGAAGAUCCCGGUGCCGGUUCUUCGCAGUAUAAAGAAAAAAAGUUUUCAAAAGAGCAUAACAAAUGUCCUCCCAAGAUGACAGCUGCUAUAAUAUUUUUGCUUGCUACCAAUAUACCAAUGGCUUUGUAUAUGAGUUUGGUUCAUCAGAGAGGACCUGAGGAUGUCAUGAACCACCUCGCUAAAGAAGCUUUUCAAGGGAAAGUGAAAAGUAUCCUAUUCCUAACACCUUGCCAUGCUACUCCAUACUAUUCCAUGCUGCAUCGUAACCUACCAAUGCAAUUUCUCGACUGCACGCCAAGCAGUGAAGAGAAAGGAGUUCUAGAUGAGUCUGACCGUUUCAUGACGGACCCUGUUUCUUUUAUGUCAAAAUUAGCAAAUAAUUGGUCUUUUCCCAGCCACAUUGUUUUAUUUGAUCCAGAAGAGCAAAAGUUGAGAAGCUUCUUAAGUUCAUUUGAUUAUAGAGAGGAGAAAAGGUUUUUUAAUGCUCACUUCAAGGUAGAUCGUGAUCUUCAAGCUUCAAUAGUUGUAUAUGUUCGAAUAAGAUAG